AGGACACCUUUUUUGGAUUCGGAAUGUGCAAACAGCCUCCAUUUAAGUUUUUCCUUCUCUCUCCUGAAUGUACGAUGGAAUAAACCACAAAGAGAGCCGAGAACGGUGGGAAAUCCAUUGCAGCGAAUAGCAGGAAACCCUCUGCUUGAACAGAAAUCUUCUCCUGGCUGUGGUGAGGAACAAGGGGUGUGUUUGGAGGUUCCACCCCACCACAAACACUCUGCCGCUCGCAGAUGGAGGCCCACCAACACUCCCCAGACACAAGCAGUGAGGAGUGCACCGUCCUGGAGGCCCCACCCAGCAAGAACUCCUGCCUGCAGCAUGCAGGAAAGGUGGCUGACCUGUACUGCUCAGCCUGUGAGUGUGCGCUGUGUGAGGACUGCUUACCGGCCCACGAGGAUCACCCCAAGGUGGUGCUCAGCCAAGCCCUGGAGCAGCGCAGGAACAGGCUGCAGGAGAGACUGGGGGCGGUCCAGAACAGACUCCCCCAGAUUUCAGAUGCUCUCUCAUUCGUCAGAGAGAUUCUCCAGCAGCUUACCAAUCAGAGAGCUUCCAUCGAAGAAGACAUCCAGUCCAGCUUUGAAGACCUGCACAAGCAGCUGGAAGUCCGGAAGAGCGUUCUACUUAUGGAGCUCGAAGUCACAUAUGGGCUCAAACAAAAGGUUCUCCAAGCUCAGAUGGACAACCUGACCCGAGGAGACGGGGACAUUACAGCCACCUGUACGCAGACGGAGGAAGCUCUGGCAGAGGAGGCGAGCGUGGCGACCCUGGAGGCGGAGCAUGAGCUGGAGGAGAGGCUGAAGGAGCUGGCUAUACUUAGAAUGCCGUGCCAGCCGGAGGAGAACGACCAGCUGGAUCUGGUGAUGGAGACGGACGGACUGAGGAAAUCCAUCCACAACUUGGGGACCAUUGUUACAACCAGCGCUGUGGCAAGUCAGAGUGAAGCCAUGGGCUCCGGCUUGGAGCAGUGCAUUGUGGGACAUCCUGCUUCAGUUACUAUAGUAACAAGAGACAAGUCGGGUGGAGCCUGCAAGACCGGCAAUGCCAUCUUAUCAGCUGAGGUGUUCACCCCCGAUGGCAGCAUUGUGGAUGGGGAGAUAGUGGACCAUAAGAACGGUACCUAUGAGUUUGUUUACACUGUGCCCAAGGAGGGCGAGUUCUCUCUGGCUCUCCGUCUGUAUGACCAGCACAUCAAAGGAAGUCCCUUCAAACUGACCAUCGCCAAGGCCUCGGAGGUAGAGGUCGAGGUGUCUCCCUCCACAACAACAGCAACUAACUCUGCAGCCCAUGCCACCCCGUCCACAGGCUCCUCAGAUGGAGCAAAGAGGCGAGGAAAGUCCCCCGGUCAGAAGAAGAAAGGUUCCAAGAGGGCCAGCAGUGCUUUGGGCACCCCACGACGAAAAACUCAGAACCCCAUCGAGGAUGAUCUCAUCUUCAAAAUAGGAACCAAAGGUAGAAAUAAAGGCGAAUUUACAAACCUUCAAGGAGUAGCUGCCUCCUCCAAUGGCAGGAUUCUGAUAGCUGACAGCAACAAUCAGUGCGUUCAGAUUUUCUCCAACGAGGGUGAGUUUAAGACUCGUUUUGGGGUACGUGGACGAUCUCCUGGCCAGUUGCAGAGACCAACGGGAGUAGCUGUGCACCCCAGUGGCGACAUCAUCAUCGCUGACUAUGAUAACAAGUGGGUCAGCAUAUUCUCCUGCGAGGGCAAGUUUAAGGCGAAACUUGGCUCUGGAAGACUCAUGGGGCCAAAAGGUGUUUCUGUGGACCAAAAUGGUCACGUGAUCGUCGUUGACAACAAGGCCUGUACAGUCUUCAUCUUCCAACUUACCGGCAAACUAAUUGCUAAGUUUGGUAGUCGGGGCAAUGGUGACAAGCAGUUUGCAGGUCCACACUUUGCGGCGGUGAACAAGAACAAUGAGAUCAUCGUUACAGACUUUCACAACCACUCUGUUAAGGUUUUUACUGCAGAGGGCGAGUUGGUGUUGAAGUUUGGUUCAAACGGGGAAGGUAAUGGCCAGUUCAACGCUCCCACUGGUGUGGCUGUGGAUAUAAAUGGGAACAUCAUCGUAGCUGAUUGGGGUAACAGUAGAAUACAGGUUUUUGAUGGUAGUGGCUCCUUCCUGUCUUACAUCAACACAUCAGCAGACCCUUUGUAUGGACCACAGGGCCUGGCGCUGACCUCCGACGGACAUGUGGUGGUCGCCGACUCUGGUAACCAUUGCUUUAAAGUCUACCGCUACCUACAAUGAUAAAGACUCAAACUGAAAUGGUGAGGAUCAAGUAGGAAAGGUGGACCAGCAGGGCAGUGGUGGGAGGGAAAAUGUACUUCUCACAAUAUUUAAUUCCAUUCAUCAAUAGCAUGAACCUGUCCUGAUGGAUUUACCGAAGAAAAGAAAUACCAAGGUAAACGUUCAGCCUGCGUCCUUCCAUUAUGUGAACUUAAGAGGAGAUGUCUAAUAUUAGUGACUGGGAUAAGGUAUAAAAGAAUGAAGCCAGCAUGAAAUAUGAGGAUGAAAUGUCAGCCCCUUCAACAAUGCAUUUCUACAGAAUGGGAGAAAUGCAAACUGCGCAACAAUGGAUUCCUAUUUUUAAAUUCAAGAUGUCUGCCUUCACCUACAGCAGUCUGGAAAAGACUGAACGAUCCAGUAUUGAAAGCGAGCAAAAUAAAUGUUUUCAAAGAGGACGAAGAGCAAUGUCCAAUGGAAACCAUUAUGUCCUAAAUCUAUGAUGAUGAGAUGGAAUUAAUGCAAACGUUGAGAUAUUUAUUUAAAUUAUUGAUAAUUUUACUUUGUUUUGCCUUGAUGUAUUUUAUGUAAAAGACAAAAGAAAUGUCCAGCGUGGUAAAAGGGGUCGAUAGUUAUUAAAUUUGUUGUUUUUCCAGGUUAAUAACGAUUUUUUUCAGGUUAUUGCUCAGAUUGUUUUAAACCAAAACGGUCAGUUUAAAGGUGAUAGCUACAGUUUUUUUUCUUUUUUUCCAGCGUUUUAAUGUCAUUACAAUGUCACAAGUACAGAGCACUGAAAUUAACUCUCUGCAUUUAACCCAUCACCAUGGGGAGCGGUGGUCUGCCAUUGUGUUGCGACCGGGGAGCAGUGUGGCAUUAGGGGUCUU